AAUACAAAAGAAAAAAGUGAAGAAGAAAAAGCGCCAAAAUUCCAUCCACUAAGCCGUCUUCAUCCACACGCAGAGUCCUCACCUUCUUGUGCGAGCCCUCCAUUUUCAGAAUCCUUAAACCCUUCACAGCUCUGUUCACCUUCUCCAUCAAUCUUCCAUUACACCACCUGAAAACCCUCCGCCAUGUCCCGUUCUCUCCUCCGAGCUUUUCCUUUCUCCACUAUUCGCCCCAAGCCUCCUCAAUUUCUCCCCAUCUUCCACCACUUUUCCCAUCUCCGCCUUGCCAAAUCUAUUUCCAGAACUCAUAGACCCGUUUCCUCAUUUUCCGCUUCCGCCAGUCAUCCGCCUUCCUCUGCCACCGAAACCCUCGUUCCCACUUCGAAUUCUCAGUCGCCUUUUAAAGACUCUCUUCAGUGGAUCAAUCGUACGGCGUUCUGUGGUGAAUUGUCGGUUGACGAUGUUGGGAAGCGGGUUCGGCUCUGUGGUUGGGUUGCUCUGCAUAGGGUUCAUGGUGGUCUGACGUUUCUCAAUCUUAGAGACCACAGUGGUAUUGUUCAGGUGACUACGCUCCCCAACGAGUUUCCAGAUGCUCAUUCGACUAUUAACGACUUGCGACUUGAGUAUGUUGUUGCUGUAGAAGGCACUGUUCGGUCUCGGCCUGGUGAUUCAGUUAAUGUAAAAAUGAAAACUGGCUUGAUAGAGGUUGCUGCAGAGCAUGUUCAAAUAUUAAAUUCUGUUGGAUCAAAGUUGCCCUUUUUAGUUACAACUGCUGAUGAUGCAAAGGAUUCUGCUAAAGAGGAAAUUCGUCUGAGGUAUCGGUACCUUGAUCUACGAAGGAAGCAAAUGAAUUUUAACAUAAUGCUUCGUCAUAAAGUGGUGAAGCUCAUUCGAAGAUAUUUAGAGGAUGUACAUGGUUUUGUGGAGAUUGAGACGCCAAUACUUUCUAGAUCUACUCCAGAAGGUGCUCGGGAUUAUCUGGUGCCGUCUAGAGUUCAGCCAGGAACAUUUUUUGCUUUGCCUCAAAGUCCACAGCUGUUUAAGCAAAUGUUGAUGGUGUCUGGUUUUGAUAAAUAUUAUCAAAUAGCAAGGUGUUUCCGAGAUGAAGACCUAAGAGCUGACAGACAACCUGAGUUUACACAACUUGAUAUGGAAUUAGCAUUUACAACUUUGGAAGACAUGUUGAGACUCAAUGAAGAUUUGAUUAGAAAGGUUUUUUGGGAAGUAAAAGGUGUUCAACUGCCGAAUCCUUUCCCGAGGCUUACUUAUGCUGAAGCGAUGAGUCGAUAUGGAUCAGAUAGGCCAGAUACAAGAUUUGAUCUUCAAUUGAAUGAUGUGUCUGAUAUUUUUGCAGAUUCUCCAUUUAAGGUUUUUGCAGACGCCUUGUCUAGUGGCGGAAUCAUCAAAGUGCUGUGUGUGCCCUCUGGUGCUAGAAGGUAUUCAAACACAGCUCUUAAAAAGGGUGACAUUUAUACAGAGGCGAUCAAAUCCGGUGCAAAAGGAUUACCUUUUCUUAAAGUUAUGGACGAUGGUGGCAUUGAAGGGAUUCCUGCCCUAGUAUCAAGUUUGGAUUCUGCAGGUAGGGAGGAAUUUCUAAGUAGAUGCUCUGCUGAACCUGGUGAUCUAGUCUUGUUUGCAGUGGGCCAUCGAGUAUCGGUUGAUAAAACUCUAGAUAGGCUUAGACUAUAUGUAGCUAAUGAGCUGGGUUUAGUUGACCAUUCUAGGCAUUCAAUUUUGUGGGUGACCGAUUUUCCAAUGUUUGAAUGGAAUGAUCUAGAGCAACGACUCGAGGCUUUGCACCACCCUUUCACAGCUCCAAACCCUGAGGACGUUGGUGAUCUUCCCUCUGCUCGUGCCUUAGCUUAUGAUAUGGUUUACAAUGGAGUAGAGAUUGGUGGAGGGAGUUUGAGAAUUCAUAAACGUGAAGUUCAAGAAAAGGUUUUGGAGAUUGUGGGAAUCUCUCCUGAACAGGCAGAAGCGAAGUUCGGUUAUUUAUUGGAGGCACUAGACAUGGGUGCCCCGCCUCACGGGGGCAUUGCUUAUGGGUUGGACAGAUUAGUCAUGUUAUUAGCAGAUGCAAAUUCCAUUAGGGAUGUCAUAGCUUUCCCAAAGACAUCAACAGCACAAUGUGCCCUCACAAGAGCUCCUUCAGAAGUGGAUCCCCAACAACUCAAGGAUUUAUCAUAUCACAACCAAUAAAAUUUAUUUCAAAUACUCAUUUAGUUUGGUUCGUUUAAUUCAAAUCUUAACUUUAUAUUCACCUCACUUGGGCAGUAAUUUUUUGACUCGAGAAAAAUGGACAAUGGCCUCGUUGCAUAUUUUGAAUCCUUGUUAGGAUGCAAUGAUGAACAAUAAGCAUAAAAUCUUUAUAAUUUAACAAAACUUAUCAAAUCCAGAGUUCUAGUUUCCACUUCGAA